AUGUUAACAAAAAUAAUCUUAGUAUUCUUAGUGAUAUUGAUAAGGUGUGAUACUGUUUUGGACAAGACUUGCACCUGUAAAGAAAUUCAGAAUGAAACCGAUUGUAAAAGAAUACAAUGCAAAUAUGAGAAUGGUCAAUGCAAGGAUAGAGAACAGGAAACGUAUUGUAAAUUAGCAAGCACAAUGGCUAAAUGUCCAGUUUAAGGAUGUGCUAUGUAUGAGAAUUCAUGUCAAACAUUUGCUGGAUGUACAGCUUAUUUGGGUAAGACAUUUGAUGCUUGUAAUAAUAUAUUUGAUAUGUGUACAUCGGAUGGGGAAAGGUGUGUCCCUUUAUCCACUUGCGAUACUUACUUAACUAAGACAUCAUGCUACAUUGAUAGUGCUUAACAAUAUUGUUAUUAUGAUGAAAGUGAUGCAACUAAACCUCAAUGUAAAACUGUUACUGCUUGUAAAAAUUUACCUACGACUUUAAAAACAAAUUAAGAAUGCCGUUCAAAACUCUCAAAUUGCACUGUUAACGAAACCAAUUCAGGAUGUGUUGAUUCAGGAAAGAACUGUAGUGAUUAAAAAACGAAAUCAUAAUGUGUAACUAAUUUGGAUCAAAGCAUGGAGUGCAAAUGGAAUGAAACAACAAGUACUUGUUAUGAAUACACCUGUGCAAAUGGAAACGGUAAAACAGUUGAUGAUUGUCAGAACUAUAAAGAGAACUGUGUAUUGGCAGAGACACAAGAUGGUAUAUCAAAUACAUGUAAAAAUAUUGAUGAAUGCGUCAAUUAUAAGUUUAAAGACACAUGCAAAAUAGGAGUGUAAGGAAAUUGUCUUUGGCUUGUCACUUAAGUGGAUGGCAAAGAUGUUGGUAAAUGUGUUGAUUACUUUUGUUCUCAGGCUUCUGAUGAUUACACCAAUGAUCAACUAUGCUCCAAAUUCUUAGCCACUUGCACCAUUGAUGAUGACAACCUUGGAUGCAAAACGAGAGAAACUCAAUGCUCAUCAUAUCAAUAUGUCACUCAAUGUGUUUCUACUAUUGAAGGAUAAUAAUGCUAUUGGAAUAAGUCGAAAUAAUUAUGUGUUAGUUAUGAUUGUGAUAAUGCAUAGGUUGAUACCUAUACGUCUGAUAAUUGUAAUAAAUUUUUAAGUAUUUGCACUGCUAAUGUUGGAUAAACUCAAUGUGUUAAGAAAUAAUGCACAGAAGCAUUUACAUAACAGUUGUGUACUAAAUUAGGUUCGUGUAUUUGGUAGGACAGCAAAUGUGUAUCAUAUACUUGUGCUAAUGCCCCAACAUCUAUGACUACUGAUGAUGCAUGCAGCAAAUAUCUAGAUAAAUGCUACACAACUGGGGCAGGAUGUUCUUCUAGUGGAACAUGUACUGAUAUGAAAACAGAACCUGCUUGCAAAACUGAUGCAUUAGAACAGAAAUGCAUUUGGUUGAGUUCUGCAUGCAAAGUUAAGACUUGCUCUGACAUUGUCUACAUUAGUCAUUCAGAAUGCAACGACUAAUUGGAUACUUGUACUUCUGAUGGAACCAAAUGCAUUACUUAGGCAGCCAAAUGUAGUGACUAUAAACUGUCACUCAGUUGUGUUAUCUCUAAAGAGGGACCUUGUUUAUGGAUGGAUAGUUAAUGCUUCCUUUUUUUGGAUUGCACUAGUUUGCCUGGUACAACUCAUGAGUUUUGUAAUUUAGCGAAUAACAAGUGUACAACUGAUGGUACAAAAUGUGUUCCAAUUACAAGUUGUGCUAAAACACAAUAAACUGGAUGUUAUAUUGGUACUGAUGGAGAUUGUGUAAGAAAUCUUGAUAAAAGCAAUAAUACAAUAUGCGAGAAGUUUACAAAAUGCACAUAGAUGAAUUACACGACUCAUUUUCAAUGUUACCGUGAGAAAAAGACAUGCACAGUAAAUUCAGACAAAAAAACAUGUAUGGACUUAUCAAAUACAUGUUCCACUUACACCAUUCAAGAUAAUUGUUAGGUUACAACAGACAGUAAGUUUUGUUAAUGGGAUACAACUACAUUAAAAUGCAGAGAUUAAAAAUGCACUGAUAUAAUAAAGACUACUCAUGCAGACUGCUAAUUGGCAAAUGUUAAAUGUACAACUGAUACUAGCAAAUGCAUUGAUAUCUAAAAAUGUGAUGGUUAUACUGUUAGUGACUUAUGUAAAUAUGGAUCAGAUGGAAUUUGUAUUUAUGACACAGUGAAUAGCAAAUGCAGAUUGAAAGUAUGCAGUGAUAUCACUGAUGUUAAAUAGUGUACAACCUUAGCCAAUUGUUUAGCUGAUACAUCUAGUUGUGUGGCUAAGUCUACUUGUGCAUCAUAUAAGACUGAAAAUAGUUGUGGAUUUGAUGGAACUGAUGGUGUUUGCACAUGGAAUGACAGUGUUUGCUCUGUAAUGACUAAAUGUGAAGAUGCCAAUUCAUUCGAAAAAGGAUGCAAAAAGAAAUCAGAUAUUUGUAAAUGGACACCUAAACCUAGUAAUGGUGGUGCAAGUUCUUGCAAGCCAUACACAUGUCAAAGCAAGAAUUCUGGUAGUACUUGUCUCCCAUUGGUUGCCUUUAGUGAAACUGAGUAUUAGGUUUGUGCGGAAAUACAGUUGACAUGUCAAUCAGCCAACAUUUCAGAUCUAACUGAAGAUACUUGUUUUAUCAACAGUGCCAAAAGCCAUUAUUGGGACAAGACCACCAAUAAAUGUUUGGCUUGCAAUGGAACAACAGUGAAUAAUACUACGGUUAUUGAGAAUAGUUAUUCCUGGAUGCUAGGAACGAUAUGUCUAGUUAUUGCUAUCCUUUAAUUUUGA